AUGGAGCAGCACCUGCCGACGCACGGCAAUUUCCGUCGGUACUAUGGGAUGCGCAGUGCGCGUGCGGCGCGCCUACAUGGAGAGAGCGUGCAGGCUCCAGCUCGAGCGGAUGAGCGAAUUUUGUCGCUUGUCGCGUGGCUUGCGACGACUGCGACCGCGGUCGAGCGCGUCUUGGACAUUGGCUGCAAUGCGGCCAAGCCGCUGAUCGAGCUGUGCCAGUGCAUGGAGUCGCCGCCAAAGAGUGCAAUUGGUGUAGAUAUUGAUCCCGUUUUGAUUCACCAAGCACAGGGAGCGCUGCGCAAGGCCUGGUCGCAAAUGCGCCCAGCAGGAGCACAACGCGACAGUCACUACUUUCCCAUCGCUUUUUCGCAGCUAUUUUCGCCACUUCCCUUCCCGCCGCACGAUAUCCAGCCUGCAUUUCCCAAUACCAUUACGUUCUACAUUGGCGACUGGCAGGCACUGGACCGCAACAAGAAACAUCCCCUUGCAGUCGAGGACCGGCGCGGCUACGAUUUGAUCCUUGGCUUCUCCCUUACGAAAUGGAUUCAUCUGAACGACGGUGAUGCGGGUCUCAUCCAGUUCUUAGCAAGGCUCGCAAAAUGCCUGCGGCCGGGCGGCGUGGUCGCACUGGAAAUUCAACCGUGGAAAUCGUACGACCAGGCGAGGUCGUUGUCCAGCACACUGCGCAAGGCGUACACGGCGCUUCGAAUCCGCCCCGACGACAUGGAAUGGAUCUUGACCUCGGUGUUUGGCUUGCAGUGCGAGGGAGCUGUAGGCACAGGGGGAGGGUUUGAAAGGGAUUACGUUGUUGACUUGAACAAGAAUUAUAUUGAUGGAUUAUGGUCGGAUUCCCAACGACGCGCUAUGGCGGCAAUGGCAGAUGCCAUCAUCGGUGCGCUCACCAAGGAAGAAAAGGACGCCUUUUACCGGACCCUCCCGGCAGAUAUGAGCCCAGCGCAGCGCAAGCGCAUUGACGAGUACGCCGAGAUGAACUUUUCCGAAGACCCUAGGCGUAUGAACAUACUCGCAAUGUAUGUUACCAUCACGGUGCCGGAGGGAAUGCGUAUGAGGACCAACUUGCUGCUCUCCACCCUUGGCUCUGCUGCUGGGUGCCUGCUGCUUUUUGGCCGCCUUGGCCCCGUUUGGGAGAUCGACCGCUCGUUGCGUACUGAGGCUCUCAAGUCGUGGUCAACGUCGCGCCUGCUCAUGCUCCGCCAGGGCGGCAACGGUAUCCGAGGGCUGACCCUCAUUGCCUUCUACCGCUCGUGUGCGAACGCGAUUGAAGCGAUUGGCUAUCCUAUCGGCGAUCCUACCGACUGGAAGCACCCUCCGAAAGGCGAGGAGCAGGUUGCUGCGGAGCACUACCCGUUCAAGUUCCUCAACGAGUCGCUCCCGUCCCCGCCGACGAAAACGCCCGUCGAAAUCGAAGCGGAUGUUGUGAUUGUCGGUUCGGGCUGCGGUGGAGGCGUUGUCGCGGACUAUCUUUCCCGGUGUGGCCUCAAGGUUGUGGUUGUUGACAAAGGCAUAUACGUCGACCCAAAACACAUGAAUGGCGACGAAGAGUACGGCCUCAUGCAAAUGUACGACAAGUUGGGUCUUGCCCCCAGCAAAGACGGCUCCAUUUUCAUCCUCAGUGGCUCUGGCUUUGGUGGUGGUAGCAGGAUCAACUGGUCUGCCUCGCUCAAGCCCCUCUACUUUGUGCGCGACUCGUGGGAGAAGAAGCACGGUGUGCCGUACUUUAACUCGCACGCCUUUGCGGAGGACCUCGAUGCAUGUCUCACCCGCAUGGGUGCAGGCACGGAUGCGACGCAGCACAAUAUGAGCAACUCAUUGCUGGUCCUCGGCGCCAUGCGUGGUGGGCAGCCGGUGAACCCUGUGCCGCAAAACACGGGCGGCCUUCCGCACUACUGCGGCAAAUGUUUGUAUGGCUGCCCCUCUGGACACAAGAUGGACGGAACGCGCACAUUCCUCCAGGAUGCCGCGCAGCACGGCACCCAGUUCCUUACCAAGUGUCAUGUGCAGCGCAUCUUGAUCAAGGACGGCGUCGCUACUGGUGUCGUGGGCAGCGUCAAUGGCCAGCCCGUGCGCCUCAAUGCGCGCCGUGCCGUCGUCACGUCCUGCGGCAGUAUCCAGACGCCUGCACUGCUCUUGCGUACGCCGCAACUCAAGUCCAACACGCAGAUCGGCAAGCAUUUGCAUCUGCACCCCGUCGCCUUUGUCACGGGCUACUACGACUACCCGAUCGACCCCUGGGAAGGUGGUAUUCUCACUACCGUUUCGAACGCUGCUGAGCUCGUCGACAAAGAAGGCUGGGGCGCCAAGAUCGAGGUGGGUGCGAGCACCCCUUCGCUGUACUCGGCCAUGAUUCCCUUUGAGGGCGUGCUGCACCACAAGGCACGCACUGUCCGCUUCCGCUACAGCUUUGCGCUGAUUGUCAUUGUGCGCGACAAGUAUGGCGGGUCCAUCACGAUCGGCAAUGAUGGCGAGCCAGAAAUCAACUACUCUAUUAGUGAAUUUGACCAGCGCAGCAUGAUCGAGGGUGUAUUGCGCGCUACAGAGAUUCAUAUGAACGCGGGCGUCUCCGAGAUUGUCACGAGUCAGCCCGGCAUGCGUCCGUUUGUCAACACCACCAACGUGGCUGUGCCGAAUGUCAAGACGUCCAACACGAUUCCAAACAUGUACAAUUUCCAGGAGCUGCCCAAGCAGGGCGACUGUACUCACCCUACCUUCCGCAAAUGGCAGGAGGAAGUGCGCAAAGGCGGCGCACAGCCCACGAAAAUUAUGAUGGGCUCGGCGCACCAGAUGAGCUCGUGCCGUAUCGGCGCGGACCCCAAGUACUCUGCCGCCGACCCCAUCGGCCGGAUUCGUGGCGCCAAGAAUCUCUGGGUUGCUGACGGCUCCGCGCUUCCCGAGGCAACGGGCGUCAACCCCAUGCUCUCCAUCCUGGGCACCUCGCGCGGCAUCGCACGUAAUAUGGCACGUGCACUCGGGUUCUUUUUCCCCGUUCCUUACACGAUGCCCAGCGCAGCGUCCCGUGGACAAGCGCCCAGUAUAUGCGCCGAGGUGAGUGCGCUGCUGGGGACGGAUCUGGCGCCGGCGAAGCAUGUGGAUUUUCUGCUUGCUAUAUUGGAAUAUGUGCGUGCAAAUACAGUUCCGUGUGCAUCCCAGGCGCGGCGCGCCGCAAAGAUUUGUGCGCGCGCGCUCCGCGACGAGCAAGGCGCGCGGGUUGCUCAGGAAAGCAUUCCCCGAGCGAUGGCGCACUGGGCAAAAGAAAAAUUGGCCGCGAUACCCAGCACAGCAGGCGAUGUGCUCGCUUUGCAGUGCACGACCUAUGCGCUCGCAGCGUGUGUGCCCACAGAAGACCCAGGCCCAGUCGUUGUCCAUGCUGUCGAUCACUACAUUUGGCUCCUCAUGCGGAGCAUCGCACUUACAGACCACAUUCAUGUGCGGCUAAAAAGCCUUAUGCUCUUGCGAUUCCUGUGCAUUGCGAAUGCAAAAGACGUUGUGGCGUGGUGGCCCGAGCUGAUCCCUGUGCAGCAUACACACAGCGGUUUGCGUGCUGUACUUUCGGACAAAGACUGGGAUGUGCAGCGCGCCGCGUGCGAAACGCUCUCUGCGCUUUUUCUCCACGGGAAGAAAUUCUGGGAAGUGGCACGCGAGCACGCAAAAACAGGCGCGUUCACUUCGCACUCGGAGCUGCUUGCCAGCAUGCUUGUCCAGAUGCGCGCCACCCUGGCCGAACUGCUUGAGGCGCCGGAUACGCACCACAUCGCCAUCCUCGAGCUCACGCGCGACUUUUUGACGGCAGCCGCGCGCCCGCUGCAGGCCACGCACGCCAGCGUACUUUGGACGCCUGUCCUGGGCUGCGUCGUCGAGGGCAAGGGCGAAGAAGAGAUCUUGGCCGGAUAUCAGUGUGCGGUGCUGCUUUUUCCCUCGCGCGAGAGCCUCGAGACCGAUCCGAGCCUUGCCGCCACCCCGCCCAUGGGCGAGGUUUCGCCAGGCAUGGUGGCCGAGCAAGGCAUGCACUGGGUAUUUUCGUGCCUUAACGCGAACGACAGGACUACCGCGCGCCUUGGCGAUUGUCUCUGGACUGUGGGCGCUGCCAUACUGUCGCGCAUCAAUGUCCUCAUUCCCCCCGACAUGGUCGGCCUCUUGUCCCGUGACCUGGGCAAUGGAUCCUCCGAGCAGCGUCUCGGCGUGAUGACCUUUAUCUCUGCGCUUGUCGGCCAAAAAGAACGCCAGGAAAACAGCAGCACGUUGCGCGUCAUGCUCCCACGUCUCGUAGCCAGCGUCAUCCGCGACAAAAAUGCAGACGUGCGGGUCGGCGUGUGUGCGCUGUGGCCCGAUUUUGAUAUGUACAUGGCGCCGGGCUCCUCACCACUGCAUCUUGCGCACAUGCAUGUGCUCAUGCGCGAUCCAAACUCCCAUGUGCGUGCUGCUGCCGUGCGUGCAGUUGGCACGCGCCUCGAUAAAUCGCGCAACAUGGACACUGAGACGUGCAUAGCGCUCCUCGACACGUUUACCUACGAAUCCAUGACCCGCCUUUUGCACGCGCGCAAACCGCACGGUCUGUUGAACGACAAGGACCUGUGCGUUCGUGCGUGUGCCGCGUGGACAUUGUCCAACUAUGCCGAUCUUAUUGCGCGCGCACACAUUGGCAACGGCGCUGGCCGCUCACUCAUCGCCACCGUGGCCAACCUACCAAAAGAUGAGCGUGUUGCUGUGCAUACGAUCCGCGCGCUGGGCGUCCUCCUGGUGCUCGGAGUCGAGCGCGAAUGGCUCGCUGUCGACCACACGCCCGGCACCGCACCGUCCAGCUGCUACGAGCCACAGGCGCCGGGCGUCACACUUGCGCCUGUCACGCCGCCCAAUCUUGCGGCUCCCAACUUGAUGUCGUCGUCGACUCCUCUCGUGUCUGGCGACGCGUCGCCUCAGCGCAAGCCAGUCGAGUUCCAGACCAUGUUUUCGCGUGGGAUCGAGGCUGCAUGCACCGCAUUGAAAACUGCGCGUCUGCCAAAGCUCCGGUGGAAUGCCGCGUCGUGUUUGGCAAAAGCCGUGGACGCAGCGUGCCGCGCCAAGCUCCACGGCGUUGACAGUCGGAUCCAAGAUGCGGUGCUUGCAUUGGCACAGGCGCUUGGCGACCGCAACUGCAAAGUCGUGCGCAUUGCCGCACAGGCGCUAUCGGACUUGAUGCACGCUUCCGACGCGCCGAGCCUUGAACCCGAUACGACGACCUUUUUGUCCGACCGAGUCUUGCAAGCGCUGGAAGAGAUGCAAGCGCGUUUCGAGCGCGCCUCAUUUACGGAAAUGCAGCAGCAUGGCAAGGCGUGUACACAGGCGAUUGAAAUGCUCCACGCACUUCUCGAAGAGAAGCCCCUGCUGACGCCCCCCGAGAGCAAAACGGGCGAUUCGCCCCUGGUGGAGCCGCUGCGCACCGACGCGCAAGGCCAGCCGAUAAUGGAUGUGCCGCUUGUGCAAGAGGAGAUGUAUGAGGAGUACAUGUGUAAAUAA